UUUUAACUUCGUACGCCAGAAAAAAAAAAGUGAUUGGGAGCUAUGAAAUAGUGUCUUAUACCUAUUCCACAACCACAACCAUGCUACGACCCAGAUUACGGAUACCGAGGGCGAGCCGGUUAUGGCGUCCAGCACCAUCGUCCCGUUCAAUACACCAUGUCCCCCAUCUAGAUAUCAAUCCAGAAGAUGGAGUACCCGGGCUACUGUCUCCAGGAGGCUUCGAUUUCGCAUGGACUCAAUACCAACAGCUUGUCGUAGAGAGGCUCAAUAUUUUAACAGCUGGUACUGAUUAUGAACAUGAGGAUGCCCUAUCAAUCCUUAAGUCAACCGCGCGAGAGCCUUCACAAGCACCUAUCUUUAACUAUGCAUCCAUGGCACAUAACAACCAUUUCUUUUUCAAGAAUCUCAGCAUUGUUCCCGAUCCGGAAUUACAGGAACAGGAGGUUCCCGAUGAAGAAAGAAUCCCCCACCAACUAAAGACCGAGCUGUCAAAGCAAUUCAGUUCGAUCGAAACGCUCCGUCGCGAAUUUCUUGUCACGGCAAUGGCCAUGUUUGGGCCCGGAUUCGUGUGGCUGGUCAAGAACGCGCAGUCGACCGAAUUGCGCAUUCUGACAACCUACCUAGCGGGGAGCCCGUACACGGCAGCGCACUGGCGCCGCCAGGGUCUCGACAUGAACACCCAGAGCAUCAGUGAGAAUAGUCUGGCCAAGAGCUGGCUAGAACGCAGCCAGACGGCAGCCGGCGGAGACGUUGGCGCCAGAUUCGUACCCCACAACAAGACCGCGCCGGGUGGCACCGACGUCAUCCCCCUCUUAUGUUUAAAUACGUGGGAACACGUAUGGUUACGAGAUUACGGUAUCGGAGCCCGUGGCGUAGGAGGAAAGAGGCAGUUCGUUGAGAACUGGUGGAAGGUCAUCAACUGGAACAACGUUGAGAGCGCAGCGAACAUCAAUAGGCCCAAACCCAAGACAUGAUGAGGAAAUGACUCGGCAUGAACAAGCGGGAGACUUUUGCUUCCGGGCAGUUCGACUUGUACCAUACUCAAAACCCCUUUCAAAAUUAAGGGAGGGCCAUGUGCUAUACACUCAAAAUGUACGUGAUAUUACCAAGGGGUAGUACGUCUUCAUGGUGGUGGAUGAUCGGUGUCUACCUAGGCAACGAGUUUUAUCAGAUCCUCCUCUUGGUAAAGUGCAAUGAGGUAUGAAUAAAUAUCCGAUACUGCCAAGCACUCGGGGAAUAUCCUUUUGUUGUCUAAGAUGCGGAACUGGGCGCUUGGAUAAUAUCCCCCGGCAGAUUAUUCAACAAUCACCAAGUCUAUAAGAACAAUGUGAA